AAUACAGUAGUUACACAUCCCAGUGUUCUACUUGGUAAAUCAGAAAGCCAUUGAUUUUCAUUUGAUUGUUUUCUAGAUUCCAACGGUGAACCACUGUGUCUGAUCAGUUCCUCUGUGGAGUCAGGUGCUGACCUCCUCAAAGUGGAAUACUUCAAGGCUGACAGAAACAGGCCAAACUUUGCCACUGUUCACAAGAAUACUGAGCAGAUGAUCAACGUGACCUUCACCUCCCUGGAUCUACUGCUUCACACGGAGGCUCUCCUCUCCACCAUAGACUUCCUGUCUUCUGCCCUGUCCUCCGGCAGCCUGCCCCCCUCACCAGAGGAGCCUAAGCAGAAGUCUGAGGAGAGCAGCAGGGCCAUCUCCGCCAAGUCAACGGCUCUAGGUUCUCCGUCGGACGGUGACGUCGUCGACCUGAAGGUGAUGAUGCGGCUGGGGGCGUUCAACGUCCUAGUGUGUGAUCAGAACUGCAACAUGGCUGACAUCAAGAUACAAGGUUUCAAUGGAUCCCUCCUGAUGCAAGGGCCUCAAACCCACAUCUCUGCCCGCCUUCGGGAUUUCAUCGUCAUUAAUGUUGACCCAAAAAGUAUUCACAAAAAGGCCAUCUCUAUCGUAGGAGACGAGGUGUUUAGUUUCAGUAUGAGUCUGACCCCCAAGGCCACAGAGGGAGCCGGCUACGCAGACACCUCCAAGACAGACGGGAAGGUCCAGCUCAACGUGGGCUGUGUCCAAGUCGUCUACCUCCACAAGUUUGUCAUGUCUUUGCUGAAUUUCAGCAACAACUUCCAGACGGCCAAAGAGGCGUUGAGUGUGGCCACGGCCCAGGCAGCAGAGAAGGCGGCCUCCAGCAUCAGGGACUUUGCCCAGAAGAGCUUCCGUCUCUCCAUGGACGUCAGGCUGAAGGCCCCUCUCAUCAUCAUCCCUCAGUCCUCCACCUCACACAAUGCACUGGAGGUGGACCUGGGGCUCAUCACCGUGGGCAACAGCUUCUCUCUUCUUGCCGUGGAGGGAUGUCCACUUCCUGCUGUCAUUGACCACAUGGACGUACAGCUCACACAGCUCAAACUGUCCAGGAUUUACAUGGAAAAAGACUCUCAGCCCAGUACUGAGCUGCUGGAGCCUGUCAACCUGCUCCUAACAGUGAAGAGGAACCUGGCUGCAGCAUGGUACCAGAAGAUGGCCGCCGUAGAGGUAGAGGGAGACCUCAAGCCCAUGAAGGUUGCCCUGAGUCAGGACGACCUAACAGUUCUGUUGAGGAUCCUGAUGGAGAACAUUGGAGAAGCCAGCGGUCUGCCGCCAGACCAACACACCAGCCCCGACGCGACAGCCCUGACGCACAAGACCACGCCGAUGCUCAAAACAGACUACGCCAAAGACGGUGUAGAGAACACGGUUGAACUUCCAGAACGACAGGAAGAAGAGGAACCCCUGGAAACCAUGACGUUUAUCUUCAACAUAGAGUCCCUGGGACUGGUCCUGUACAGCAAUGACCCAAAACAGGUAACGGCUGUGUCUCAACACCAGGAGAGGCUGUGUCUGGGGGAGUUGACCUUUCACCUGAUGAAGGCUUCAGGGAAGAUGUUUAAUAACGGGUCCAUGGAGGUCUCUACCAUCCUCACAGCCUGCACCCUGGACGACAUGAGGACAGGCGUACAGAGAGUUACCUCACGGAUGCUGGGUAAGCGUCAACUAGGCUGUCGAGUUCUCUCCUCUGCAAGCCAUGAUAGACGUGGCGUACACGCAGAGGCCGGCGAGCGCCAGGUGGUGGCGGUGGUACAGAAGCUCCAUCUGUGCGCCAGCGCCGAGUUUCUCAUGGCAGUGGCAGACUUCUUCAUCCAGGCCCUGCCCCAGAGCUCUGCCCAGGACGUGCCCACUAACACCAAGCUAGCCCUGCCAGGCCUGGCCAAGACCUCCCAGCUACCCCAGCUUCGGGAUAGAGCCAACACUGACCCCAGAACAGGCUCCAGUCCCAGGACCAAGCUGCGUGCGGUCAUACUAGACCCAGAGGUGGUGUUUGUGGCUAACCUGAUGAGAGCUGACGCUCCGGCGCUGGUUGCCUCCUUCCAAUGUGACUUCAGUCUGAUGCUAGAGCCUGGGGGAGGGCCCCCUGGGGGAGGGCCCCCUGGGGGAGGCCCCGGGGCCCCUGGGAGACAAAGCAUGACGGCCAACCUCAGAGAGCUCAAAGUUCUGGCCUGUCCCUUCAUCAGGACCAAUGAGACCAAGGUGGUCACUACGGUGCUACGUCCGUGUUCUGUCUUCCUGGAAACCAAAACCCACCCCAACCAACCCGUUUCCGGCUGUGUGACUGUGGAGGAAGUCAUUAUCAAA